AUGAAGCACCUGAAGCCGUGGUGGUCCGACGGCGGCGGCCUCCUGCACCUCACCAUCCUGCUGAGCUUGGCGGGGCUCCACCUGGACCUGGACGUGGAUCUCUACCUGCUGCUUCCGCCCACCCUGCUGCGGGAUGAUCUGCUGCUCUGGGGCGCCCAGACGAGUCCCGCCUACGCGCCCAGCCCCUUCCAGACCUCGGGAGGGAGGGGGCGCGCGGACCACCUGCACCCCAAAGGACGUGAGCCAGACCUCGCGGCGGAGCCGGAGGGCCAGCUGCUCCGGGAAGUGCGCACGCUAGGAGUCCCUUUCAUUCCCCGCACCCGCGUGGAUGCGUGGCUUGUGCACAGUGUGGUGGCUGGGGACGCCGACGGGGCCCACGGGCUGCUCGGCGCCGCCGCCGCCUCGUCGGCGGGAGGAGUCGGCGCCAGCGGGGACGGCGGCAGCCAGACUUCGCUGGGGGGUGGCGGGGACCCCCAAGUGGCUCCAAGUAGCCCCUUGGCGGCUGGGGAGGAGGAGAAGGCGUCAGCGGAACCGGCGGAACCGACAGCUCAAGUGCCGGACGCCUGCGGACGCGCGAGCGAGGAGAAUGAGGUAUUAAGAGCUACAGGUCACAAUUCCCAGCAGGAGGGAAAUGACCAGAGAGUGUCAGCCCAGAAGGACAAAUCACUACAGCAGAAGAAUGAAGAAGAAAAUAAAUUAGCAGAUAAACCUGAGUGGGAGGCAGAAAAGACCACUGACUCUAGAAAUGAGAGACAUCUAAAUGGGACUGACACAUCUUUCUCUCUGGAAGAAUUACUUCAGUUGCUUUCGUCACAGCCUGAAAAUUCACUGCAGGGCAUCUCACUGGGAGAUAUUCCUCCUCUUCCACCAAGUAUCAAUGAUGGCAUGAAUUCUUCAGCAUAUUAUGUGAAUUUUAGCCAGGCUUUAAGUCAUGAUGUAAACCUCCACGAGGCCAUGUUGCUACGUCCUGACAAUACAUUUAGAAGAGAUUCAGCAGAAAGGACUUCACAGCCACAAGAACAAUUUCUGCAGUUAAAUUCUCACACCACCAAUCCCGAACAGAUCUUUCCUGGAACUAAUUUGACAGGAUUUCUUCCACCUGUUGACCAUCAAAUAAGGAAUCCAACAAGCCAAGACCUAUAUGACCUUGACAUAAACAUAUUUGAUGAGAUAAAUUCAUUGUCUUUGACCAUAGAAGGUUUUGAUCCAAUGGAAGUUUCUCACCUUUUUGAAGAACCAGAUUCCGAUUCUGGGCUUUCCUUAAAUUCAAGCCACAGUAGCCCCUCUGUCACCAAGUCUAAUUCCUCCGUGUGUGAAGGUGCUAUAGGUUCUAGCAGUGACCUUGAAUGUCUUUCCCACCAUGCUUUAGAAGGUGCUGUAGGAGGCUACUACCCAGAGCCCGGUAAGAUUUGUCACAUGGAUCUUAGGGGCGAUUCUGGUUUUCACGGGGAUCUUGCAUUUCAACACAUAUUCCAUAACCACACUUACCACUUACAGCCAAGUGUACCAGAAUCCACUUCAGAAUCUUUUUCUCGGCCUGGGAAGUCACAGAAAAUAAAAAGUAGGUACCUGAAUGACACAGACAGAAACUUAAGCCGUGAUGAACGCCGUGCUAAAGCUCUGCAUAUCCCAUUUUCUGUAGAUGAAAUUGUCCACAUGCCUGUCGAUUCUUUCAACAGCAUGCUAAGCGAGUACUACCUGACAGAUUUACAAGUGUCACUCAUCCGUGAUAUUAGGCGAAGAGGGAAAAAUAAAGUUGCCGCUCAGAACUGUCGUAAGCGCAAACUGGACAUAAUUGUGAAUCUAGAAGAUGAUGUAUGUAACUUGCAAGCAAAGAAGGAAACCCUCAAGAGUGAGCGAGCCCAGUGUAACAAAGCUAUCAACAUAAUGAAACAAAAACUGCAUGACCUUUAUCACGAUAUCUUUAGUAGAUUAAGAGAUGAUGAAGGUAGACCAGUCAAUCCAAACCAAUAUGCUCUUCAAUGCAGCCAUGAUGGAAGUGUUUUGAUUGUACCCAAGGAACUGGUGACCUCGGGCCACAAAAAGGAAACUCAAAAGGGAAAGAGAAAAGGUGAGAGAAGAAACUGAAAAUGCA